UAAUACGUUAAUCUUCUCCCUCUCUUUCACUCCCAAAUCAAAUCAAGCCAGUAAAAUCACCACCACCACCGCCAUGGAUGCCCACCUGCUAAAAGCUUCAAUGCUUAGCCCUUCAGCCCCCAACACCUCAAGAUCUUCAAGACCCACUCCCCAUUUGGUCUCCCACACCAUUUUUAAGACCACCAACAAUGUCUUUCGAUCCAACCCCGGGAGAAAACUGUACCAUCUUCUCCGAGUUUCUUCUUCUCCAACCUCUCCCAUCAGAUAUUCAAGGAAGAAAAGGGUGGAUGAAAGUGAAAGUUUAACUCUAGACAAUAUAAGACACUCUUUAAUUCGACAAGAGGAUAGCAUAAUAUUUAGCCUUUUGGAGAGGGCUCAGUAUUGUUAUAAUGCAGACACAUAUGACCAUGAUGCCAUCUCGGCAGAAGGAUUUCGUGGGUCGCUCGUUGAGUUUAUGGUCUGGGAAACUGAAAAGCUCCAUGCGCAGGUUGGCAGAUACAAGAGCCCAGAUGAGCAUCCUUUCUUCCCAGCGUAUUUACCUGAGCCAAUGCUUCCCCCUUUGCAGUACCCACAGGUUCUGCAUCCUUGUGCCGCUUCAAUUAAUAUAAACAAUGAGCUUUGGAAUAUGUAUUUUAGAAACCUUCUUCCCAGAUUAGUCAAAGCUGGAGAUGAUGGUAAUUGUGGAUCAGCCGCUGUUUGUGACACACUUUGUUUGCAGGCACUGUCGAAGAGAAUCCAUUAUGGUAAAUUUGUUGCAGAGGCCAAAUUUCUUCAAUCCCCUGCUGAAUAUGAGACUGCCAUUAGAGCACAAGAUAGGACUCAAUUGAUGGCCUUGCUGACAUUCGAAACAGUGGAAGAGGCGAUCCAAAAGAGAGUAGAGAUGAAGGCCAAAACUUAUGCCCAAGAAUUUAAAAUCCACCAAGAGGAAGAUGAAGCAAGUCCUGUAUACAAAAUCAAGCCACAUUUAGUUGCUAGUCUGUAUCGAGAUUCGAUCAUGCCUCUGACAAAGGAAGUUCAGGUUGAAUACCUAUUGAGAAGAUUGGAUUAAAAAUGAAAAAAAAAA